AUGGUGUACACUUCGUUGACUGAGGCACCUCGCAACCUCAAGGAGGGCAUUGACUGGCUGAUCGCCCUGAAGGAAACUUGUCCCGAGAACAAUUUGUUGCCGAUGGGCGUUGCACUUUACGAUUUGUUUGUAGACAAGCCGGUUGGCAAGAGGGAGCAGCUACCAUCCCUCGAGAAGGUAAAAAAUAUUUCUAAAGAGUUCCUGGAACAAGAGGUGCUAGAGUACCAGCCAUUCGUCCAAGGGCUGCUGGAUAGGUUUAGUAAUCCUACGACUAUGGCCGGAUUAUCCGCUGAGAGUGGAAAAAACUUCAAAAGCGAAUACGAGAAGGUCAUAAAGGCCAGGGGUGCCAAGCCUGAAACUAUCGCAGAGAAAUUGGGUAAAGUCGUGGCUAGUUGUGAGAGGUUCCUGAAAAGUGUCAAAAUCCCUGACCAGUAUGAGUCCGCUUACAGUUCAGAAGCGACGUGGGAGGCAUCAUGUGCGAAGGACCCGGAAGCCUGUGCAGUGCUCCUUGUGGGAAUUGCGCCAAUGCUAUACGCGGGCCUGCGUUCUUUGCAGGUUACGAGCCAUGCUGCGUUUAGGCAAGGACGGGAUUCUUGGGAGGAGGAGCAUCUGGAAGAUGUGUUGAGAGUUGUGGGUUACAAGGAGCCUGAAUGCCGCGUUGAAAUGAGUGGUCCACGUGUAAACACAGUAUUGAGACGUGUAGAUUUGGGAAUAUUUACCGUAAUCCACGACCUUGCGGGAGUAUUAGGUUUCUAUUGA